AUGGGAGAAGAAGCAUGCAAUGUAGAGCUUGGUCUUGCAAUUGGUGGCAAUGAUUACUUGAGGCCUAAACAAGUCCUUAAAGAAGUUAUUCAAGAAGAUAUCAACACAAUCAAGUCAUGGAGAUGGAAACCAAAGAUCGAAAAAUACGAAGAUAGUGAUCAUGGCAAUGAGAAGCAUGGCAUGAGGAAGAAGCUCAAGCUCUCCCAUGAUCAACUUGCUUCCUUAGAAUCUUGCUUUAGAGCUCACAACAUCCUCAAUCCUGCACAGAAGCAAGAGUUGGCUAAGGAGCUAAACUUGAAGCCUAGGCAAGUUGAAGUCUGGUUCCAAAACAGAAGAGCCAGGACAAAGUUGAAGAAGGCUGAGAUGGACAGUGAAUUCUUGAAGAGAAGUUGUGAGAGUUUGAACAAUGAGAACCAGAGGUUAAAGAGAGAGAUUCAAGAACUUCGGUCAGUGAAACAUCGAACAUCGCCGUUCUUUUUUCCGACGAUGAUCUCAGCUAUGUGUCCCGGGUGUGAAAGGAUGAAGAAGGAGUCUCCUUCUUCUUCUUCAAUGGCGUGUUAAAUGGCCAUUGGAUUAGUCUUUGGUCUUUGUAUAUAAUACCUCUGCUUACUUAGACUUUCUA